AUGCCCACGGGCUUCCACCCCGCAUGGAGAAGGGGGAUUUCUCCAGGAGUAGGUCGGUUUCCGUGGCCCAGACAGUCCUUGCUCUCUGCUGAGCCUGACUGUACUGCCCGGCUGGUAAGCACGGUGUGACCCGUCUGCUAAAGCAACCCCUUUCCCACUGCAUCUGAGCAGCUCCCCCCAAGAGGUACUAGGAGAGGGGACAUCCCUGGCUUGCGCCCGAAUCCCCCAGCCUUCCAGGACCUGGUCAUCAUGUUCCUGGGCUGGGCCUGGUGUGUAUUUACAGCCAUUACAGACCACGGGUUUGCUUUCUGCUAGGAAGGAAACAAACCGGCUUUCAUUGCCCAGUAACCCCAAGCGAUGCAGAGAAGAGCCUCUUUUUUAGCAAGGCUGCGUCCCCCUUGCUUAAGGCUGUGAGCCCUGGUGAGGGGGGAUCUCACAUGAUCAGGGCUUUUGACUUGCAUUUUUCUUAAAUUUAGAACACACUGAACUUCUCACUCACUCUCCUUCAGAGCCGUUUCUUCGCAGGAGAAGUGUUUGCGGCCCCUUGAUGAGACCUCUGCUGCUCCUCUGGGUUUGAGUCAUACACGCAUUAGGAGAAUGGAUGUUUGGCACCAGAUCUGCUGCUGCUCCUGUGAACAAGAAGAGCCAGAGAACAAUCCGCUCCUCAGUGAAUUCAGCGUUUGCGUCCGGUGCUAUGGUAGCAGCCCUGAGAAGCGUAAGGUGUUCUCUCCCGCAUGCCUGUCUGAAGCUGCUUGGCACGGCAUCCCCGCAUGCUGGUCAGCGGCCGCCAUGUUCCGCAGCGGGGCCAGCUCCAUUUCUGUGCCAGGAUCCCGGCCCCGAGCGUGUGUCGGAGGAACUCGGAGCCCCGGGAGAAGCAAGACGUGGCAGCCAUGCAGGCGUUCAUACAAGGAUGGAGAAAGACGUGCUCACGGCUGCAGGGCAGACGCCUCUGAACCCCGCUUCCCAAUCACCUUUGCUCCUCUUUCCUCUACAAUGACGGGGGCUGCUUUGGUGGGGGGCUGAUGGGGACAGAGCGGGGCUAUCCAGCCAGGCUCCGCUGGGAUCGGGAUUUGCAGAGGGAACGUUUCCACUGCUGCCAGCACUGAGCGGGAUCUCCCUCCCCUGUCAAUGUCCACAGAGCCCCCAGGCGCAUCCCCCACAAAGAUCUAAAGGGCAUUUCAGGCCCCCCCCCUUUUUUCUUUUUUUAAAAACACCCGGCACCUGGGUCAGGAAGCCUCGGUUUGAACCUGCCCUGCUGCCAAUUUUGGUACCCACCUCCCCCCACUCACCCCUUGCCAGCGCCUGCGAGAUUCCUGCUGGCUCGACUGCCUCUUCCAGGUGGGGGUAUGAGCUCCCUGCCUCCUUCCUGGUUACCCCCCAGGACCCUGCAUUCUCCACCAGGCCACAUGAGUGUGUGUGAGGUUUGGGGGGGUCCCCUUCCCCUUGAGCCACUGGCUCUGGGCUGCCACUGAAGCAGGGUAUUGGAUGAGCCAUUGUUACAACCUGCUUAGCGCCUGCCCGGCUUCCCUCACCCCCAGUCUUGCAGCCAGGGGCUUGGAAGGGAGGGGUCCAUGGGGAAAGCUGCCCCACUGCCCAGUAAAGUGGCCCCCUUUGCAUGCCAGCGUCUGGCCGAGCCAGCUGGUGCUGCCUAAGGCCUGGGCGCCAGGCUGGGUGCAUGCCAUGCGCUGUCUCGCCCGGGGCCGCUCUCCUCUCGUUGCAGUGAGAUGCUCCGGUACUUCGAUCAGCUGGGGAAGCGCAAACGGGCCCAGGCCACCAACCUGUGGAACGAGCCGGUGGACGACACCCACAUGGAGCGCGACGACGACCGCGAACUCUACAACCUGCUGCAGAACCGGGCCAGGCUGCGCCGCGGCUCGGAGGGCUACCGACGCCUGAGCUUCGACAUCAGCGCCCACCGCCAAAUCCGCCACAAGUUGAAGGACCGCUGGAGGCAGAUCCUAGAGGUCCUGGGGUUCAGCGGCGAGGCCCACGGCUUGCUCGACAUCACCUCCGCGGCCUCCUACAGCUCCCUGAGCCAGCCCCUGCAGGCCCGCCAGCUCCUCGCCGCCCUGGCCGACCAGACCAGCCUCUUCGACCGCCACUGCAGCCUCCCCGAGCGCUACCUCUUCGUCCUGGACCGGCUGCUCGUCCUGGACGCGGGCGAUGACUUCCUCUCCGCUGCCCGGCACUACUACCCCCCGGAGGCCGAGGAGGGGCCCUCCAGCGAGGAGGAGCCCCCCAGCCCCGAGGCCACGCUGGUGACGCUGAGCCCGGCGCCCCAAGGCGGGGAGGAAGAGGAGGAGGAGGAGGAGGCCACAGUGAUGGAUGAAGUGUCCCUGUUGGUCAAGUUGAUAGAGUGAGGCCUGCCCUCAGGGCAGCCGGGCUGCUGACUCUGGGCUGAGAGCUGCCUAUUUGUUUAUUUCAGCCACCUGUUUUGUGUGUGUGUACACGUACAGUGCCUAGCAUGGGAGGGAGGGGGCCUGAAACUGUGUGUUGUGGGGGAAUAUGUACAGUGCCUGGCACGGGAGGGAGGGGCCUGAUCCCUGACGAGUGCCUCUGGCCCUUACCCCGACCAUGACUAACGACUCGCUAGAGCCUGCCUGCCGGGGAUGAAGACGGGGCCGUUCCCCUUCCCCUGCAGCCCAGCACGUGGCCGCAGAGGGGCAGCUGGGGCUGGCGUUGCUGCUGUAGGCUUGGAUCAUGUGUCACCCCCAAGCUGGGGGAUUUAGGAGGCGUCUAUCUUUGUGCUAGUUCAAAGCAUCCCCCCCCCCCCCCUGCCCUUUGGCUUUGGCAGCGGGCCCCGUGAAGCAGUUAACAAGUCUCUGGUUAUGUUGUUUACCCGACCCCUGGCUGUCCAUCAUCCCCCCGCUUUGCGGCCCGUGCGCCCAGAUGAGGCUGCAAAAGAGAGGCGGGUGCUCCCUGCAGCUUUGCCUGGGGAGUCAGCAAGGGGGGCACCAGGCCCGAGGAGGGGUGGGGAAGAGGAGUAGGGCCAGAUUGCCUUUGAGGGCUCGUCUAGUUCAGCGGCAGGGAGGGGAGUGGGCGCUGGCGGCCAGCUGGCUAGUCCAAAGGGCAAGCACGUGGCGUCCCCAGGCUGGCGAAAGGUCAGCUGCGCUCUAUGCACCAGGCUGGGAUUAGCGGCCGCCUCACAGGGCCGGGUUCCAGCCUCCGGGGCGCUAAGGGACAGGGGGAGCUUUGCUGCCUGGCAGGGCAUCUGUGGCAUCAAGAGGAGACAAGCAAGGCAGAGGCCGGGGUCAGGACAGGCCAUCUCCCCCUCGGCAAAGGGGUCUCCCUGAUCUUAGGUGUAGUGGUGUGACUGCUGCCCCGACCCCAGUGCUCCUGCCCCCCUCCCCACCUGACGUGACUCUGUGCGACCGGGCCAAGCUGCCCCAGCUUUGCCUGGCGCUACACCCCCCUGCGUAGCCUGGGGGGGGGGGGAAUGGGUAUUACAGGCAGAAGGGGCUCUUACAACCCCUUGACUGGGCACAGGGAUUACAGCUCCAGCUUCCGGAGUCAUGGGCUGAGAGUUUGGCUUUAAAAAAAAAAAAAAAAGAAAAGAAAACCUAUUGCUAGUCCUCAAGGAUGCAAAGAAAAGUUUGAAAAUGUGACCCUGGAGUGUGGGCGGGGGGGGGGGAAUAUCCCCUCUGCCUGCCUGAGUCUGCAGAGAGCCUAAAACAACAGCUCCAAGAGAGGUGAAAUUGGCCCAUUCAUCUUAACGCUGACAGCUGCCGUCACCCCCUGGAGAUGGGACUGUGGGGCACAAGGUGGGUUAAGUCUGGUGCCCCAAUAUUGCCUGGGUUCGGCUAUGGUGGCGGUUGAGGUGUCAGUACGGACAGCCGUGGCCCCUGGGCUGUGGGGGGGGGGUGGAUGGGGCUGGGGCUAGUGCUCUGGGGUAGCCCUUAGCCAGCAGGAAUGGCAGCCAUGGGGCUAUCUGUGCCCCUAGAGCAUGAGCCAUUGGUGUGUCAGCUGACACCCCUGGGCUGGAGGCUGGGAAAGGGAUUUCUCUGCACAAAGCCAUCAAGGUCCUGCUUUCCAGGCGCUGACAGGCUGCUUAAUCACAUCGGGGGGAGAGGGGUGCGUAGCUGAGAUCCACCCCUUGCCAUCAAACGUGAGAGGAGGCGGGACUUUGUGAGGGCCCAGCAGGAAUGGGGCAGCCAGCGUUACCAGGCCUUCCGGCAGGGCACGGGGAUCUUCUGUUCUGGGAGUGGGAAAACCAGCCGGUGGCUUCUGCUGCCCCAGUCAGAGCAGAUUCUGUAAGCAAACCGGCAACACCUGCUCUGCCCUGCCCCCCCCUUUCCCGUACUGCCCCCCAGCAUGGACAGCCCCUGCGCCCCCCUGCACUGGGGUAGCUGUUUGAGCCCAAAGUGCCACGAUUCAGCUGUGAUCUGCGAGGGGAGGAUUGAAACCCACCCCCCCACACACACACACACACUAAUCACAUCGGCCUCUAUGUUGGUCGGGGUCAGGAACGCGACUGGGCACGGGGCAGAGCACACAGCGGCUAAUCUAUCCCCCAGGGCAUUGCCGCGCUGUUUCGGGCCGCACCGGGGCCAGCUGCUCCCAGGGUCAGGUGCGGUUGUUAACUGAGGGUCGGGCAUUCCUAGCUAAUCCCAGCAGUUCUGCUGGCCCCUCCCCAGGGCAGCCGAGUGUCAAGCUGCUGGGAAGGAGGCCAACUCCAUUCAACAACCUCGCUGGAGUUGGGGGCCCGACGGGGCCAUUAGCAGGCCUGUCACUAAGACACCGCCGCAGGGCACGGAGCAGACUGGUUGACAAGAAGAAAAGGAGGACUUGUGGCACCUUAGAGACUAACCAAUUUAUUUGAGCAUAAGCUUUCGUGAGCUAUAGUUCACUUCAUCGGAUGCAUUCAGAGGGACACUUGAGGAUGUCCUCAGAAGUUCAUAUGUACUGAGUGAAAAACGCAGUGUCAGUCAGAACCCUUGUUUUUAACUUUGUUUUUAUGCAGUUAAGAAUAAAGCCCUAUUUAUGGGCUCGCUCCGUAUGAGAAAUAUUCAGGUCACAGAGUCAGAAAUGUAAAAGACUAGAGCAUUACGUGAAAGUGUUAUGUAAUCCCCAAACUGGUCAGAGACUAAAGUUGAUUUCUUCCUGGCGAAUGGUGUCUGAAUUCUGCCACAAAGACAGCCCAGGUCAGGUUUGAAGUCGAUUAGGUCUGUCCUGGGUCAUGCUCAUCCUUUGGUGUGAUCACAAACAAGCAAAGGAAUUCUCACACCUUGCAGAUGAUGAGCAAGACCACUGUAGACACUUCAGGACUACAUGUGAACGUCUCCUUUAAUUCCUUGGCAGCACCUAGAAGUUCUCCAUAUUCUUUGCUUUAAGUCAGUGGCGUAGCUAGGCAUGGAAAUUUGGGUGGGCAUUUCGGGUGGAGGGGCAAUGACUCUGCCAGCUCAGCUUCUCCCCUGAUGCCAUGCCCUCUUCCUAGCCCUGGUGCCCCCUGGCACAGCUCCACCUGCCAAGCUGGGCACGCACAUGGGGCAGCUCAGAACGUGGCAAGGCAGAGCUGCCGGAGUGUAGCUUUCUGGAGGGUGGGCGCAGAGCUCUCUCCUGGAUUUCAGAUGCUCCGGGCCACUGUGGCAGACCUACACCCCUGCUCAGAUCUGGGUGGCCUGGAUGCUAAGUGGGUGGGCCAUGGCCCACCUGUGACUGCGCCCCUGCUUUAAGUACAGCCAUUUCCAUUUUCACCUGCUCAAUCCCUAAUCCAAGCACGUCAAUGAAAGCACCCCGAGAUUCCAGUCUCAAGAAGUCUGGAGCUCAGGUGGAGUACAUUGCUGACAAGUUUUUGUGUGACUUGGUGUUCUCAGAAAAAAAUCUCCUUUGCAAUUCACCACUGUGUUCAUCAGUCAGUUCAUGGUGCAUCUGGCGCCACGGAGGCUCACCGACACUUUGACAGCCUGGGAAGUGCUCAGCAACUAUGAAAUCUUAGCCCUUUUGUGGCACAUCUUAAUGUUCAUCUUUCAAAACAGGGUCAUGGAUGAAAUUGCUGAGGAAAAACCCAUCACUUAUUCACCGGCAAGUGUGAUCAAUUCAUUCCUUUCGCAAGGUGCAUUUGUUCCUUCUGAAGGGCUUUGUUCACAGGAGCAAACACUCAAAACCAUUCUUUUAAGCUCAGCUAAGAACAAGAAUGUAGAUGAUUCUGAAACAUCCAACAGCCCUCUUGCGUCAGUGGACAAGUUGCCAUAUUCAUCCACAAAAAGUUUGACAGAAGACUCCGAAUCGCUUCAAAAUUAUUGGGGAUUAUUUCCAAGCCAUCUUGUUUCUGUGAGUCUUUGCAGGUGCUGGCUUUGUACGGCACACUCCCGUCAUGUCUGCGGAAAAAUUCAGCUAGAGACUUACAAUUUGAGAACAUAGCUGGCCCUGCUGAGUUUUUCUCACACAGGAGUGAGCACCCGAUGUAAUUGGUGAUUCAAGCAGUGUGCGUCAGGUAUUUGCUUGUUUAAUUUCCCAUGUAAAAGUAUUUGUACGCCGCCUGACGUAAGGUUGGAGCCAUCAAAGCAAGAACAUCAAGUGUUUUUAGUCAAGACCCAGUUCAUGGAGGUCUUUCAACAUUUGUUAUGUAAUAGCUUCGGCAGUGAGGCCAUGCAAUUGGGCUACUCCCACAAGGACUUUGCCACCAACAGCGUAGCAUAAACCAGUGGAUAAAUUUUCUACAGUCACAGCAUCCCUUGUUGUGUCAUAUUUUAGGACAUCACCGUUUUUCUGAAUAUCUUCAACAAUAUAUUUCAAAACCAUCUUCAUAAUAUCAGUGUUGUCAUUCUGAAUUUCAGCAGCGUGUGAAAUUGUUCGCAUUGUUCGGAAUGGUUUGCCGCGCACCCUUGACUUCUGGAUCGUGUCCCGCAAUAAGUUUAAGUAGGUUGAUGACAAUUCCUGAUGAAUUGUUCGGAGUAAGAUCUAUCACCGCAAACUGCAUAACUUUUGCCAAGGUUUUUAAAUACUACCUGUUUCUUUCCAUUUUGUGAGGGUGACACCAAAGCAGCCAGUGUGGCAACUGAAAAAGGAAGCUGUGAUCAAAUUAAAUAUAAAAAUCAAAUUCAUAACUGCAGAAUGUUCUCGAGCAAACAAACACACGGAAAUAAUAAAAUCAGAACAUUUUUUGUGUGCUGGAUCUUGCAAUCAAGUUGUGGAGCUUUCCUCCAAGUGCAAGGAUUGAAAGUUUGUAGAUGCUGAUGAAGAGCUGGUUUUCAAAGGCUGGUUUGGUUUUUUGUCCUCUUGGCCUGGUAAAUCUAGUUAAAAUUUUCUCCUUUCGUAGUUUCCCACAAUUAGGAUUUUAUUUUCACUUUCACGUUGUUUCCGUGUUUUCCCAUUAACUUUAAUGGUUCACCAGGGUCUGUUCCUAGGUUGUACAAUCCUAUUUGGAGCUAGUCCUGGCCCAUUGGGGCGGCAUCCCUCCCGGUCCCUGAUUGCUUCUCCACCCUGUAUUAGUGGGGUUUAGCAGCACAAAUUAUGAGCAGUUUUAUAUACACAAAUACAUAAAUUCAUAACCAGGCUUUGUAGCCAGAUCUUAUAAUGACUCUCAGGUUUAGAACAGUACAAGCUUUCAUAAGCAAUCUUGCUUGACAUCUAUUUACUACACAAUAACAUUGUAUACAAAAUACAGCCAGUUGAUUCAACUGCA